GGGACACCGGGUUUGCUGCGGGCCUUCGUCCAGAGAGCCCGAGUCAUGGGACGUGGAAUGACGGAACGGCAGGGUUGGAAGGGAGCUCUCAGCCCUACCGGCCCCGGCUCAGCCUGCCCGGCGCCCAUCCGGCCUGGCUUUGGGCACCUCCACGGACGGGGCACCGCAGCAACCUGUGCUGUUCUGUCACGCUGUGUCUAAAAGUCCACGGUGAGGUGGGAUGACAGGCUGUGAGACGCUUUCUGCUCGUGCCCUGUUCGGCACGGCCGCGUCACCUCACGCCUUCUCAUCUUUCUGCCGAUUCCACGCACAUCACGUAGCAGCACACGCUUCCUACCCUGCGGCUGGUGCCUGCAGCCCUGCAAAGCAGCUGUGCUGUGGCAGUCCUGGGUGCGCAGGUGUGUUUGGACACAGAGAUCUGUCUGUAGGGGGCCUUGAAUGAGCACCGUCUGGUGGAAGUAGAGGAGCUGGUUCCAAUUUCUUAAGCCAAAAUACAGCUGGGUUUCUGGCAGUAGGAAUCAGUAGAUGAAGAAUGUGUCCGGCUGAUUAACUGAGAGAUGCUGAGGAAAAAAUAGGUUCAUUAUAUCAAAAUACAGUACUGACUAACUAUGAAAUGCUUUGCAACAAAGGGUGAUUAUAAUUGGCAUCACCACAGUUCAAUUUCAGGUUCCUCUCAUGUAUUUUCAUACUACCAACUACUGUUAAUAUGUAUUUUACACACAUAAUACACACAUUAUAGUGCAUUAAUCUGUGGUGUUACAGAUAUGAUGGUGCUCUGCAAUACUGAACAAGUACCAGAAACAAACUUACUUCACAAAAAAAAAAAAAAUGCCAACUAUUUCUGCCAGUUAAUGUUCCUGUCAACUGAUUCAGAAAGCAGUUAAUUCUCCAUCCCAGUCCUGUAAACGUUUAUAAAUGGUCUGAAAUAAUCAUGAAAUGACUAUUUAUGUUGAAAUGACUAUUUAUGUUUCAAGAAAUGAAACAAACUUUUUUCUAGUACUUAAUACAAAUAGUAGCACACCAGGCUAAUCUCCUAAAGAAAAGGGGAUUAAAAAUUGCGUUGUAUAUGUUUGUGUAUGUCUGUCAAGUAGAAACCUUCUGAGCUUUUGGCUAUUAUCAGAUAAAAACAGCAAGGUAAGAGUUCCGAAACCUGCAGGGGUUGGAAAUCUGAGAUCUGAUCUCAUGCUACAAAAAAAGUAGGAAUAAAUUCAGUCUUCCUAGCAACAGGUUGCCAGGCAGGCAGUAUAUGCAAAAUUCCCAAAUAGCUGUAAUGUGAGUGAGAUGAGGGAAAACUGUUUGAUGAGAACUGGAAAGAACAGUGGAUACUAGUGGCAGAAGAAAGGAACUUAAGGGAUAAAAGUUACAAAGAUUGGUGUCCUUCUUGGUUUACGCCUUGCCCUUGUGUCAGCACAAUUCACUAAUCCCACAUCAUCCCUGUUGUGGCAGACCUGGUGGUGUUUGUAUUUGGUUGGUUGGUUGUUUGUGAACAAACAGUCCCAACAGCCCUUUUGUCUUGAUUUCUUUAUAAAUCGUGCUUCACUUGAAGCUCUUGAGUUAUGCCUUAGCUUGUGUGCAGCGUUCAUUCCAGACCUACUUAUUUAAACCAGCAUCUUUCCUAAUUUGGAGCUGCAUGUAUUAGAUACCUCUACAAUACGGUAGUCUCACUUUCGGAACAGUUCUGUUCUGCAGGGUAAAAAAUGAAUGUCGGAGUUGCCCACAGCGAGGUGAAUCCAAACACACGGGUGAUGAGCAGCCGUGGAAUGUGGCUGACGUACACGCUUGGAGUUGGCCUGCUUCACAUCGUCCUGCUCAGCAUUCCUUUCUUUAGUGUCCCUGUCGCAUGGACUUUGACAAAUGUGAUUCACAACCUGGGAACGUAUGUCUUCUUGCAUGCAGUAAAGGGGACUCCUUUUGAAACACCUGAUCAGGGGAAAGCGAGGCUCCUGACACACUGGGAACAACUGGAUUAUGGAGUACAAUUUACAUCUUCAAGAAAAUUCUUCACCAUCUCUCCUAUAAUUCUGUACUUCCUGGCGAGUUUCUACACAAAGUAUGAUCCGGCACACUUUAUCUUCAACACCACCUCUCUUCUGACGGUGCUUAUCCCCAAGCUACCACAGUUGCACGGUGUUCGAAUCUUUGGCAUCAAUAAAUACUAGACAGAAGGUGUGAUGCUGACUGA